AUGAUUCGAAUACUGAUCUAUUUCGUUCUAUUUUUCAACGCGCAAGGUCAAACAAACAUUCCUAUUGGUUGGUUUGUGGAUGAAAAAUCGACAAAUAAUGAAGCAGCAAACACUUUCAUACAAGCUUUAACAGCAGCAACGAAUCUAACCGAAGGAUUCCUAUGGCCCAAAGGUCAAUACACAUUCCAAUCUAUUCAUGAGAAUGUGAAUAACGAUAAUAUCUAUGCCAGUGUUCAUCAAAUUUGUAAUCGAUUGGAAUCUGGUGCCAUUGGUACAAUUUCAAAUAUUAACAAUGCGAAAACUCGUUUGCUCGAGAUAUUCAUGCGACGAUUACACAUAUCGAUGGUUUCAUUGAAUUAUUUCAAUUAUAACAAACAAGAAUUUCCUCCGUUGAAUAAAUUCUAUCAUCUAACAAUGAAAAUCGAUCUUCUGCCGGCUCUUGCAGCAUGCAUAAGACGUUAUAAAGUAAUGAAAUUGUUUUACAUCUUCGAAGGCGAUGAAGCUUUCGAACGCUACCAGGCGAUGAUGGUCGCACAAGCCCGAGAGAAAAGUUAUGAUAUUCUCGACAUCCAAGGUCGACAUCUGAUCGAUAGUACGAAUUCAAAUCAUACGAGAAAUUUACUGCAAAGUGUAGAAAUCCAUGAUCGUGGUUCAAAGGAGGAGCGUUAUAUCGUAUUAGAUCUAUAUGACAUCAACAGUUAUGUUAAAUUACUAAUGCAAAUUCGACAUCAUGGCAUGACCACACCUCACUAUCACUAUAUUCUGAUGAGUUUGGAAGCAAAUCGUAUUGAUAUGCGCACUUUUCGUUAUGGUGGUGUGAAUGUCACUUAUUUUCUACCUAAAUCCGCUUAUAAAUUGAACUCCUCGUUCGAUGUAACAGGCCACGAUCGAUUAUCAUUACCAUCCUUUGAAAAGAAAGCGUUGGCUGAUACUUUGUAUCUGUACAUGCGAGCAAUCAUGUCUUUGGAUGAACGAACACGUGCUAAGAUUAUAGAUUCGGAUUCCACCGAUGAUAACUUCGAUCAUUUAAAGAUCGAGUGUCGAUCUAAAGGGAAACACCGUUCACACGAAGCAUUUGGCGACAAGCUCUUCCAAACAAUGAGAUCAAUUACUUUCGAAGGUUAUUCCGGAAACGUCGCAUUCAAUGAAUAUGGUGAACGAUUAAAUUAUACGUUGAAUGUGUAUCAAGUGACUAUGAAUCGAUUACCGCGACAUAUUGGCAAUUUUACUCAUGACGAAUUUGCAUUUGACGAUCUCAGGGUAUUCGAAGGACGUCAAGCACAUGAUUUUGAUAAGGGAAAAGAACGAAUUAUAUCGACAAUUAUCGACGAACCAUUUACCAUGUUGAAUACGACUGCUCUUGGAAAUAUGACUGUCUCCGAAGCGACCGGUCAAUAUUUCACGUUUGAUCAAUUACAUGGUUAUUGCAUUGAUUUAGCACGUUUGAUAUGCGAACAGAAACUUGAAAUACCAUGUAAAUUUCGCAUUGUCAAAGAUAACUCGUUUGGAAAUAAGCCGACGAACUCUCAACCAUGGACGGGAAUGGUCGGUGAACUAGUUCGACAUGAAGUCGAUUUAGCCAUUGCACCGUUAACCAUAACAAGUCAACGGGAAAGUGUCGUUGAUUUUAGCAAACCAUGGAUGAAUCUUGGUAUCAGUAUUUUGAUCAGUAAACCAGAGAAAAUUGCUCCAGGUAUUUUUUCAUUUAUGGCACCCUUAUCGAAAGAGAUCUGGAUGUGUGUUACAUUUGCAUACAUUGGUGUCAGUGUUAUUCUAUUUCUCGUCUCGCGAUUUUCUCCAUAUGAAUGGAGUAUGGAAGAUGAAGAAACUUUUCAAUUAUCGAAUAAAUUCUCAAUCUUGAACACGCUCUUCUUUGCCCUCGCUGCUUUCAUGCAACAGGGUGUGGAUUUCAUUCCAAGAUCUAUAUCGGGUCGUUUGGUAGCCGGUGUUUGGUGGUAUUUUUCCAUGAUUCUGGUAUCAUCAUAUACUGCUAACUUAGCUGCUUUCUUAACUGUCGAACGUAUGGUUACGCCGAUUGAGAGUGCGGAAGAUCUCGCUAGACAAACCAAAAUUCGAUAUGGCAUCGUUCGUGGUGGAUCGACACAAUCGUUUUUUGAAAAAUCAGAUGUGAAAGUUUUUCAACGUAUGUGGACAUACAUGCAACAAAGUGACGAUGUCUUUGUUUCCACAAAUGAAGAAGGUAUAAACAAAGUUCGAAAAUCGAGAGGCAGAUACGCUUUUUUACUCGAAUCAACGAAAAAUGAAUAUAUUAACGAACGUGCUCCUUGCGAUACGAUGAAAAUUGGAAUUAACCUAGAUUCCAAAGGCUACGGUAUUGCCACGCCAGUCGGUUCAGAAUUACGAGAAGCUGUUAACAUAGCCAUACUAGAAAUGAGUGAAGAUGGUUCACUAAAUAAACUGAAAAGAAAAUGGUGGUUUGAUAGGUCGGAAUGUCAUAGUGCUUCGACGAAAGAUUCGAAACAAAGCAAUGCGCUGAAUUUAGUCAAUGUCGCGGGUAUAUUUUAUAUAUUGAUUGUGGGUCUAACAUUGGCGAUUAUCAUUGCUGUACUGGAAUUUUCGAUUAAAGCAAAACGAGAAGCGAAAGAAACAAGAAACAAUAUUUUUGAUGUAAUGAAACGAAACAUGCGAUUAAGUAUUGCUGGUGUCGAUCUGAAUGACACACCAACACCGCAGUUUAUUUACAAAUGUCCACCUCCAGAUCCGUUUCAAAGUUCCGAACAAUUAUUCGAAGAAAACGGACACAUCGCUGCUGGUAGUCAUAGUCAAGUGUAA